CAUCUAUAAGCAGAACAGUUCUAGUUAGCUUUAUACUGACCAACCUUUAGUCAGUCUAGUCCUUUGGCCAAAACCAGUCUUGUUUUGUGCACAAAAGGCAACUCAUCAGUCUGAAUAUCUCCCUGCGGUUGCAUGCACUAUGGACAAGUUUGACACAUCAACAAUGUUUGACUACGAAGAUGACAAUUCUUCAAUGACUUACGUGCCACCAUGUGACUUGACGGACAUAACUAAUUUUAGUACACAUUUAUUGCCACCAUUCUACAUUGCCAUAUUCAUUAUCAGUGUGCUGGGCAAUGGACUGGUACUAUCUAUCCUUUUCAAAUUUGAAAAGCUCAACACAGUCACUAAUAUAUUUCUCAUCAACCUGGUGGCCUCUGAUCUGUUUUUUUCCCUCGGCCUCCCAUUCCAAGCUGUGUACCAUAGCUCGGAGUGGUCAUUUGGCAAGGUGGGAUGCAAGUUGAUGAAUGGCACCUACCACCUUGGCUUCUACAGCUCUGUGCUCUUCCUCACUCUCAUGAGUUUUGACCGUUACCUGGCCGUGGUGCAUGCCAUUGCUGCUGAAAAGUGGAGGAAGAGCUGCUAUGCCUACAUUUCAGCCACUGUUGUGUGGAUUGUUUGUGGCCUCACUAGUCUGGAGACCUUCCUCAAUCAUGAGCUAGCAGAAGACAUUGUUCAGGGGUUAAUCUGUACUGACAUGGGUGACCCUCAACAUAAGAUAAUGGGCACUUAUUCCCAGGUUGCACUUUUUUUCAUCUUCCCCUUAGUUGUCGUCUUGUACUGCUACACCAGGAUUGGCUGCAGGGUUCUCUCAACUCGAAUGAGGAGCAAACAAAGGCCACUGAAACUGAUUUUUGUUAUUGUGGUUCUAUUUUUCAUGUGCUGGACCCCAUACAAUGUCAUAUUAUUGAUGAAAGAAAAUGAUAAUGGAGACCCUUGUGAUUACAGUCUUGUCUAUCCCCAGUAUGUCACUCACAGCAUUGCAAAUUUAUACUUCUGUAUCAACCCUGUGUUCUAUACUUUUUUGGGUCGAAAAUUCCAAAAUCAUGUGCGUCGCUUGCUGGUGGAUCAGGGGCCGUGUUUAAAGAAUCAUCUGCAUGUCAGUGAAAGCAGCAGAUCAUUCUCUAGGUGAAUGCUAAAUGUUUAUGGGAGAACGAAGGAGGGAAAUGUAACACUGUAAAGUGUCAGUCCUAUCCUGACAAAAUUAAUGAAUUGAUUGCAACAGUUUAUUUCAAAACAUGUAGUGUAUGUUACAUCAACAAAUGCUCUUCAUUGUACAUUUGUGACACUUCUUAUAGUUAGUCACUGUAGAGUUCCUGUUUUCAAAACUCUUCACACAGUUACACAAGAGUGCUCUAUAUAGACCCAAUUGAAAAAAAAAAAAAAACAUUUUAAUUGCUUUCACACAGAAUGGAUUUAGUGAACAUUUUAAAAUUCAUGCUUUUUUUUUUUUUUUUUUACCAUUGUAAAUGUAUCUCUACAGCCCAAUUCACAUUCAAAACUAACUACAUUCAAGUUUGGUUGUCAAUCUGAGAGCAGAAUUGACAAUACAGUCUGCCUAAUUAAAUUUUUUGGAUGAUAUCUGUGGAAGGCUUGAGUUUGCAAUGAAUACCAUGAAUAAUUGCCUUGUUUCACCAUGGGAUAUGGUGAAACAAGGCAAAUUGGAGUCAAUUUCGUCUUUGUUUCUAGCAUGUAUUUUGCACAAUUACUGUUAAAGUUUGUAAUUGCAUGUUCUAUAAAAUUGCUUCUGUCAACCAAGGGAAAAAAACAAUUAUUGUACAGAACAAACUAAAGAAAAAAACCUAAAUCAUCAACAAUUAGUAGGCUUUUUUUGUCAUUGUGCUCUGAUUGACAAUGUUUUCUGGUGAAAAAGUGCUUGAGUUUUUAUAGUUGUAAUGUAUCUGUUGUGCUUAGCUAUGUGUUUGUACAGAGAGAGAGAGAGAGAGAGAGAGAGAGAGAGAGAUAUGAAGGUUAAAAAUAUGAACUUAGCAAUGACUAAUGUUUGUUCACAAAUGUAACAAAAACUGUAAAUAAAAUGUCACUAAAAUGUCUGGAUUUACUCAGUCUGUUCAUCUGUUGUCACUUACGCAUAAGUUAAUGUCAAAACACUGCAUAUCCAUGGAGCUCUGUGUGGGCUGAGAAUAACUCAGAAAUUAUGAUUAUGAAAAUGUCUUCCUGUUAUAUAGAUAUGUACAUGUUUUGGGCACUGAUUUGCUGAGCCAUGUUGUGACUAUAUAAAUUUGCUAGUCGGUGUUUGGCUAAUGGAUUAAACGUAAUCUGUGUGUGGUCAUGAAUGUAAUAUUUCAUUCAUUAAAAAAGAACGAAAAAAGAGAACAAUGUAAAAGUUUCAGUCCAACCUUGUAAUCUUAGAGUUCAAUGCAAUUGUACGUUUGGAAUAUGGUAGUAUAAACUUUAUGAACAAGAAUAAAUUGCAUAUUGAGUAUACA